AUGUUUUUUCUUUGUUGGCUACCUUUUCAUAUUCAAAGACUUUUAAGUAUUUAUUUAAAUGAAGCGGGAAAUGUUAACAACGAAGAAAUUAAUGGAGAACCUUCUUCUGCAGUAUUUUCACUUUUUAGUGUUGUUUUUUAUAUUUCUGGAUAUUGUUAUUAUUCUAAUUCUGCAUGUAAUCCAAUUCUUUACAACAUUCUUUCUGCUAAAUAUAGAAGGGCUUUUUGUCGAACGAUAUUGGGCGAAAGAAUGGCCAAUAAAUUACUAAAUGAAAAACAUCCUUCCUCAGUAUUUGGCCCAGCUCUUCAUUCUCAUUUAAACACAAAAUUGUCAGCAAGUUCAGCACUUAGGCAUACAAUUUCCCCAAAAAUUUCUUCAGCCAGCAGACUUUCACUUCCUCCACCUCCAACAAUAAUUUCUUCUUCUAAAUUAACAACAACUACUAAUAAUCGUCCUUUACCUCAACUAGACCGGUAUGCUUGGGAACAAUUUUGUGGAAAUACAAUAAUGACAAUGGCUGUGGGAUCUGUUACUAGUCCAAUCAAAACAACAAACUUUCUUACUCGUAAACGUAAAAAUGGAUCAUCAACAAAUGUUGAAAAGCAAAAAACUAAAAAUUCAAAAAAUCGGAGAAGAGAUACAACACCAGAUUUAACUAGACGACAACUUGUUGUGGAGGAUUCUCGGCCAUUUUUGGAAAAAAGAAUCUCAAAACUUGAUAAAUAG